AUGAUCUUACCACCAUUAAUCAUAGAAGCUAGAUCUAUAAGUAUGAAGAAAUAAGAAAUUAAUUUCAAAUAGGAAAACAUUUUUAGUAAUGUUUUUAGUCCAAAUCGUAGUUAACAUAGUCUAAAUUUAUAAAGGAAAAAAAAAAUGCUCUAAAAUUAGUUACAUUUUGUAUAUUUUUUAAUUUUUAUUUAUAUAAGGUGAACAAAUCUCAUUUAAAUAGUGAUUAACUGUCAGAGAUUUAUUAUUUCAGAACCAGAUUCAACAAAUAAUUUAAACUUGAAUGA